CGAACCAAGGUCGGCAGCGUGAGAAGCCCCGCCCCGCCCAGCGAACCCUCCGCGGGGGGCUGCACAUUAAGCAGGAAACGUCGACUCCCCUUCCGCUUUUCCCCUGACGCUUGUUGACGUCACACUCUUUUGAUGAGACGUCCCCAUUUACUCCGGCGUUGCGUCUGUGCAAGAGGGUGUCACUCGAAUUUGAACGUUUCAGCCCCAAGCCCGGCUCACGAUUCGACCACGCGCGCGCGCGCGCGCACGUUUCACCGACGCGCGUGCCAUCAGCACCGCGCUGUGAGGACGUCGCGUUAGUACCGCGUUACUACACUUCCCACAGCUCCGCGCGCCGCACAUAGGCGGCCAUGUUGUAGGAAAUCCGUUUGCGGUAGAUUAUUGUAAUCCGACAGCGGCUUUGAACGACACAUUGGAUCACGACCAAGGAAAAAAAAAACGAAAAAAACAAAAACCCAAGAGGCGGCCCGGUAACAGAUGCGCCUCUCCCAGCGACGCGGAAAGAUGGAUUUAAGACGUGGUCUGACGCACGUUUGUCGCCUCUGAUGGGGACCACCGGCCGUGCAUGCGUGGACAUCAUUUCCUGGAUACAUUGAUUCCAAAUUCGACACAAACCGACGGCGGUUUGACUUCCACCGCAGUCGCCGGAGGGAGAAAGCAGGAGGAAAAAAAAACAACACGCUUUUAAUUCGCCGGUUAAAGAGAUACCUCCCUCCCUCCUCCUCCCCCCCCCUAUCUCUCCCCCCCAUCUCUCUCUCUCUCUCUCUCUCUCUCUCUCUCCCUUCCCCCGGCAGGUUUAAACCCAGUCCCGGUCAACCUCGCCGCUCCAGACUUUGGCCGCCCCCGUCGCGGGAGUGACACGGCGCCGAAUCCCCGGGUGCCGACACGAAGCUACUAGCUAGCGAGGCUAAAGCUAAGCUAGCUGGCUAGCUAGCUAGCUAGCUAAGGAAAGAAUUUAGCGAAUUCUCCCCCCCUCACACCACCCACCACCCCCCCAACGCGGAGUCCGGAGCGAGGGAGGAUGUCGGCGAAAGAUCCGAACAAGCUCUCCACGGUGGAACGGCCGAUCAAAGCGGUGCCAUAUCCUCCUGGUACACGUUUAUCGGUCAGAGACCUGUAUGUAGAUGGGAGGCCCAGUGUGGAGGUGCUGAAGGGCCAUCUUGUAAAGGAGGGCCGACUGGAGGAAGAGACUGCUCUACGCAUCAUCAAUGAAGGGGCCAGUAUCCUUCGUCAGGAGAAAUGUAUGCUAGAGGUGGAGGCCCCUAUCACCGUGUGUGGCGAUGUCCACGGACAGUUCUUUGACCUGAUGAAGCUGUUUGAGGUGGGCGGAUCCCCUAGCAGCACCCGUUACUUGUUCCUUGGAGACUAUGUAGAUCGAGGGUAUUUUAGCAUUGAGUGUGUAUUGUACCUGUGGACUCUGAAGAUCAACCACCCCACCACACUGUUUCUCCUCAGAGGCAAUCACGAAUGCCGGCAUCUUACAGAAUACUUCACCUUCAAACAGGAGUGUAAAAUUAAGUACUCGGAGCGUGUGUAUGAUGCUUGUAUGGAAGCAUUUGACUGCUUGCCUCUGGCGGCGCUCCUCAACCAGCAGUUCCUCUGUGUGCAUGGAGGUCUGAGCCCCGAAAUCACUUGCCUGGAUGACAUACGCAAGCUGGACCGUUUCAAGGAACCGCCGGCGUUUGGGCCCAUGUGUGACCUGCUGUGGUCAGACCCAGGAGAGGACUAUGGUUCAGAAAAGACUGCAGAACACUUCUGCCAUAAUAGUGUCAGAGGUUGCUCCUAUUUUUACAGUUACCCUGCAGUAUGUGACUUUCUGAUGAAUAAUAAUCUCUUGUCAGUAAUACGAGCACACGAGGCCCAAGAUGCAGGGUAUCGAAUGUACAGGAAAAGUCAAACCACGGGCUUCCCCUCUUUAAUUACAAUCUUCUCUGCUCCAAACUACCUGGAUGUGUACAAUAACAAAGCUGCAGUACUGAAGUAUGAGAAUAAUGUGAUGAACAUUCGACAGUUUAACUGUUCCCCUCACCCCUACUGGCUGCCCAACUUCAUGGAUGUCUUUACCUGGUCUUUGCCAUUUGUUGGAGAGAAAGUGACGGAGAUGCUGGUGAACGUGUUAAACAUCUGCUCCGACGAUGAGCUCAUGUCCGAGGGGGAUGACACGUGUGAGGGUGGAGCGCCUGCUGUUAGAAAGGAGGUAAUCAGAAAUAAGAUCCGUGCUAUUGGGAAAAUGGCCCGCGUUUUCUCCGUUCUCAGAGAGGAGAAUGAGAGCGUCCUGCAGCUAAAAGGACUCACACCUACUGGAACAUUGCCUCUGGGAGUUCUGUCUGGAGGCCGGCAAACUCUGCAAAGCGCCACCGUAGAGGCAGAAGAGGCACGAGCCAUUCAAGGUUUCAACCCCCAGCACAAGAUCCAGAGUUUCGAAGAGGCCAGGGGACUGGAUCGCAUCAAUGAGAGGAUGCCCCCUCGCCGAGACAGCAAGCAGAACGAGGCCGUGCCCUCCCUCAACAACCUGCCAGCGAGCGCUGGACCGCCAGACAAGAACGGCACCAACGCACAGGCCUAGACAGCACUCCCUGUCUGUCCCUUCAAAGGCCCUCCUGCUCCCUCCGUCCCUUCAUCGCUCCCUGCUUCUCCUGAUCUGCAGGCCCUCCUAAAACCUCCUGCUUCUGCCCUGCGUAGCACGCUAGUCCCUGCUACCGUUCUGUUUUUCCUAAAAUACUCGCCCUGCCUUCUAUUCAUUGAGACCACGUGAACGGGGUUCAGUAUGAGUUUAAGCCCGACCAAUGCUUAUUUAUUUCAUCACCUAUAAAGAUCUAAUGUCUUAGAUAAGAUGGAACCUGAGCAAAUCAGACAGGAUAGAGUCUCAGUCGUACAUCCAACAUGGACUGUUGAAAGGCCGUCUGAAGGAAGAACUGAAUUAAAUCCAUUUUGUAAUCAUGAGCUGGCGUCUAGGCCUAUGCUGAGAGCACCCAUUUUUCAACUCCUGAGUUGUAGUUUUGUUGCUUGGCAGAGGAAGGCGCUGAUGCUGUAUCAUUAACCAUCCACCAUACCUGUGCUGUGUUUGUGCCCACACAAAAGCAAAGAGAAGCACUUGAAUCGAGAGAGGACAGGUUGAACGGGAGCGACGUUGCAUGAAUCCAUCCUUUCUUAUGCCAAUGAUAGUGUAACAGAGCUCUGAUGAGCAAGUGUUGACAUUUAUAUUAUGUACAUUUUAAUUGUUCCCUUUUUUCAAUGUGAUGUUGAAUUUUUUGUUUUGUUUUUUUAAUUUUCAUUUUUGCAAUACAUAGAUUUAGGCAUAAUCUCUGGUGUGGGAAAGGGAACAAGGAAGAGAUGCAGAGAAGGAGAGCUACAGCAGGAGGGGUGGAAGGUGGUUAGUGGCUGAAGUGAUAUGAAAAAAGAGGAACAGGAAGGAGAAUGAUGUUUAGUGUUUCGCAGCGUGCUCAGUAAUUCAGGUAAGGAAAUCACAGAAAGUUGAAUCAGUUCAUCUGGACACAGCGUUUAUCGACAGAUACGUGUCAUCACUCAUCUAAGUGACCUCUUCAUCACUCAUCUAAGUGACCUCUUCAACCUCAACUGACUGCAGGUAUCCCCACCCUUAUAUGCAAAUAGGUGUGACCAGUAACUAGACAUACAACACCCCCCCCCCCCCCCGGUUCAGGGAUGGUCGUUCCCUCUUCACAUUUGCAUACUAUUACUACUACUAUUUUCGGCUGCUCCCGUUAGGGGUCACCACAGCGGAUCAUCUGUUUCCAUUUCCUCAACCGAUCCGGUAUGGAAAUCCGAUUUAUGAUCCGCAUAUUUGAUUUUACGCCGGAUGCCCUCCCUGAAGCAACCCUCCCCAUUUGUCCGGGCUGGGGACCGGCACUAAGAAUACACUGGCUUGUGCGUCCUCAGUGGCCGGGUAGAUCACGCCCCACUAUACACCGUUACUUUCUUCUCGAGACAUUGUUUUGGGGUUUCCAGAAUCUAAUGGCGUCUCAAUCUUUGAGACAAAGUAGCCUGAUGUGGUCCGUUACACAGGCUGCCAUCUAGUGGUAUUGACAGUAUACUACAAUUGUUAUCCUGCUACGUUUUACACUAUUAUUUGCUUAUGAAACUGAUCGUUGGUUUGGGUCGUUAUGCCACUGUAUUGUUUAUAAGGGUGGGGACACCUGCAGUCAGUUGAGACUGAAGAGGUCACUUAGAUGAAUGAUGAAGAGGUCACUUAGUUGAAUGAUGAAGCGGUAACUUAGUUGAGUGAUGAAGAGGUCACUUAGUUGAAUGAUGAAGUGGUCACUUAGAUGAGUGAUGAAGAGGUCACUUAGCUGAGUGAUGAAGAGGUCACUUAGUUGAAUGAUGAAGCGGUCACUUAGAUGAAUGAUGAAGAGGUCACUUAGAUGAAUGAUGAAGAGGUCACUUGGAUGAAUGAUGAAGAGGUCACUUAGAUGGGUGAUGAAGAGGUCACUUAGUUGAAUGAUGAAGAGGUCACUUAGGUGAGUGAUGAAGGGGUCACUUAGUUGAGUGAUGAAGAGGUCACCUAGAUGAGUGGUGAAGAGGUCACGUAGUUGAGUGAUGAAGGAUUUCUGUCGUUAAACGUGUCCAGAUGAACUGACUCGUCCUCCUGUGAAUGGAGUUGAGUGAAACCGGGGAGAAGUUUAUGAGCUGUGGGAGGCAUGGUGGCAGAGAGUAUAUAAAGUAUAUAGCGGAUCAGGGGAACGAGAACCUUACCUUUCCUGGACUCCAGGUGAGAUCUGCUGAAGCUGUAUUGAUAAGUGGCCGAAUGUUAUUGCAAAUUUGAGAUGUUUUUGUUUCGGUUGUGUGUACAAUGAUAAGGAUUGUUGGAAACAGGGUGGGUGUGAGGGUUGGGGAUGUUUUAUUUUAUUUUUUAAAUUUUUUUCUUUUUGAAGGGUUGGGAGGGUUUGACAAGGCCUCAUUUUGACUUCUGUUUCAGUCUCAGAACAUAUCUCACAGAAUGUACAGAAAUGGUUUAAUCAAAAGAUUUUCUUUAUAGCUUAAAAUUAAAAACAAAACUUUUUGUCAGAACUUGUAUUGAAAGGCCUCAUUUCUGUAGACGUUUCACUCCAUUCAAUAAAAAAGAGAAAAGUAACGCCUCUGUAUGUCCUGACUUUGUCUUCUGCUGUCGUACCUGAGGACCGUGUGUGGAGUUCCCCUGUCUGAAGGAAGGAAGGAAGGGGCGGUUUGGGAAGCAAGUCGUGCCUCAUCCUCAGACAGAGGAGCGGGAAUAUCGAGGCUGGCACAACUUUACUUCCUGUG